GAAAGAAAGAGAAGAAAGAAAAAGAGGGGGGAGAUUCAGGCUUAGCAGUAUGGCGUCCUCUCUCCGUAAGCAACUGUACUUUCGAUCUUGGCAGACAUCGACAAAUCGACUGAUUGCAAUACCUCUGGCUUCGCUCUGUCGCCAUACCUGUCAAAUUGCGCUCUCACAAGGGAGGCCAUUGGCACGUUACGCGAAGCUGUGAGCUCCCCAUGGCCUCCCAAUAAAACGUCCUAACAGCCAGCGGUUUAUAAUGGUGUUAGCGUGCGGAUGAAAACACUGUGGACAAAACUGUCUCUGGAUGGACUUCUCUUCCUGUGAAUGAUACCAGAAUGUCUUUGUGAGGAACUGACACCCUUGAUGCACGGCAACAGCCUGUCCAGCUAUAACUGAUGACCAACACCUCCUGGUCCACGGGGAACACCGCAUCGGUCACCCAGCGGGAACUGCCCACCUGCCAUGACUUGGUGCCUGUCACUGUCGUCUUGUGGGCGUUGACAAUGCUGGUGGGAGGAGUCGGGAACAUCGCGCUCUCUCUGACGAUUGGCUACAGCGCCUCUCUCAUGACAGCCAUGAAUAUGUACGUUUUGACGAUUGCUCUGGGGGAUAUAGUGGCAAGUGUGGUCAUCAUACCGCUCAGAGUUGUCAUCUGGAGAGAUGCAGGUGUGCACCAAGCAGUCUACAGCACGGAGCUGUUUCUCCGCACGUGCAUCGAAGUGAGUCGACUAUUGCUGAUGUUGUCACUCAGUGUGGAGAGAUACCAGUCCAUUGCGCGUCCGUUCGCGGUCACGAAGGCCCAAGCCAAACGCCGAGCUAAGAUCGCCAUUGCCUUUUUGUGGGCAAUGUCACUACUCACAGCGGCCCUUUCUGUCAGGUACUUCCGGGAUACUGUCCUGCACGCUGACUGCAAUACUUCGCCGACAAGCGUUUCUUCCACCAGUGGUAGCAGCAACAGCAGCAGUGCAACCCCACAGACAUCUAGUAAUGUCAGCAGCAGCAGCAACAUUGUAUUAACCUCAGAUAACCGACCGCCAGGCUGGGGGGACCUGGAAGUGUACGUUGAACUACCUUUGACCUUUUCCACGAUUCUGGUCAUAGCGAUCAGCUACAGUCUUAUUCUUGACGUUCUGCGUCGACAGAAGCGCAGAAUGGCCGGCCACGCGAAACCGAAACCGAAACCGAAACCAAAAAGUAAGAUAGCGCCUAUCGAAGAAAGCAAAAGUCUCCCUCCCUCAGGGGUGGUGAACAAAGCUUUCCAACCUGAUGAACCGAAACAAGAAAGUGACGUCACCAAGGGAACUGUUCUGAAAUUUCAGAGCGAGAUUAAAGGUGGAAACCCCCCAACCUCUCCUGGCCGUACGUCUACUGUCUCAACAGUUGCAAACGUCACUACGACUUCCUCCUCCUCACAGAACACGAAUACGUCCGUCGUUGCCGAUCCUCCGCCAAAGGACAACUGCGGUAUUGCUGUAAAGGCAACAGAAUCAAAGCACGUUCCAGAUGCUGAAAUUACAGUUUUGAAGCAAUCCCCGUGUCAUGCAAUCACAUCAUCUGCUGUUGGAGGAGACGACAGAAAGUCUGUCCCAAAGUUAAUGACAUCCAAACAAAAUACAGAGAUUCCCCGCCACCCCUGUUCUGUUACUGAAUGUCUUCCAGAUCCAAGCUCUGUAGACGUCUCUCAGAACACAAAAAACUUAAAUCAACUUAGUUUGCACAGCAGUAACGCUGAAUCGGAGGUUGGUUAUCAAGAAAAUAUGCAAACAGAAUCAGGGCCAACUCCUGUGUCAAACAACACGACUCAGAACCGAACAGCAACGUCAUCCAGGGAUGAAAGCAAAGACAAUGGCAAAACGACAUAUCCUCAGACUCAUCCUACUAUUUCAGAAAUUGACAAUUCCCUAUUCCAAAGUGAUAUAUCUUUCACUAGCUCCGAACCCUCAUUGACAUCAAGAAUGGUCUCUAAGAAAAACCCGCAUACGCUUAACCUAGCUGGACUAGUAACAUCUUCAAAAUCAUAUCCAUCUAAUCUUCCAUCAUCUUCUCGCUAUAAAGAACAAAACAGUGCAUUAUUGGAAACGACCCUACUUUCCAAUGAGAUAAAAACCAACGAUUUGGAAAUUUCGCCAUUUGACUGCGUCUCAUCCCAUACGUUGAAUGUAGAGGAAGAUGAGUGUUUAGAGAACUUAUCAGCUAAAAAGCAGACCUCCGAGUUGACAGAUGUGCCUCUGGUAGUUUUAGUGGAUGACGGUCAUCAUUUAGAUUCGGGUCGUACAUCGCAAUCGUCCAAGUGGCAUAGUGGAAUAGAAAACACAAAUAUUGUAGGUAAAGUAAAAAAUGAACUUCGGCAUCAAAGCAAUGAUGAUGUCAGCGUGAAAGUCGUUGGUGUACGUAACAACUUGAUAUUCACAACUCAAAACUUAUCAGACGAUCAAGGCGAAUGGAACAAUGGCCGUUCUCAAGCUAGGCCUUUGUCGAUAGCAAUUGCCCAGAAUGCAGAUCAGGUGCUUCCUGUUGACAGACAAUUAGCCUUGAAAAGGGAAACACAAACAGUGUCUAGAUACGUGAAAUUUCAGACUAUGGUCCGAAAACUGAUGAGAAGACGAAGGCGCUGUGAUGUAGUUCCCAUCUGCGAUCCUCCAGUACCGUUACCGAUAAGUGCCAGCGGUAGCUCUGUUAAAGAGUUCUCAGACACAAUAAAAGAUAGUCAACCCAUAUUGACUCAAUGCAGCACGUAUACUGAAUCGAAAACCCGAGUGAACAAACCUGAAAAUGAACAUAACUCUCCCGUAGAAACCAACGAAUGCAACACGUCUGGCUUUCAUAUCGCUACAAACGUUAGCACCAAAAACAUGGACGUCAUCCACGAGAAUGCAAAAGAGCUGGAAGCAUCCAAAAGGGUCACACAAAAAGAUAAAUCUGUAUCUAAGAACAUCAUGACUGCGGCUCUUAGUCCAGGGUUAAAACUAGACCCUUCCACUGGAAAAGCCGAUCUUGCCACACCCAUAAAAACCCCUGAGCCCAACAGCUCCGAGAGGGUACAGGUUGUUGAGAUGGACGGGACUGUGCAUCUAGAAGUUGUCAAAGCGGAAGCGACUGGGGCAAGCGCGGAGGGUGCAGUGUGUUUGAUGAACCCUCGUAAUAGAGAGCAGGGCCGGCGGCGCGUGGAGCUGAAGGCAGCGCUUAAAGUUGGUCUGCUCUUUCUCUGUUUCGUCUUCCUGUGGCUUCCUCUUCCUGUAACGGUUCUGGUUAUGCGCUUGAUGGCUGGCUGGAACUACCCUACCUUGUUGGCUGUGCUAGAAGUUCUGGGGGCACUGGCGACAAGCACGGCCGCCGCGGACCCGAUACUUUACGGCCUGCUCAACAAGCAGAUCAGGUCCGCUUUUCUUGGCCACGUAAAAAAACUGAAAAAGUACGUCUGUGAUCUGAAAAACCGGUGCAGGAAUACAGUAAGAAACAGUUAGCGCCCCCCACUGUGGGAGCAUUAGUUGACUACACAUACAAUGCGAUAUUUCUAAUUUGUAAACAAAAAAGCGUUCGCUUUUUAUAUUGACAAAAACA